CAACAUACCCACCAAUAUCACUAACUGCAGCUGCAACUCCAGUCAUUGCAUAUCCUAUCCCAGCAGCACCCACAGAUUGUAAUGUAGCACAUACACUGCCGGAUGUUACUGUGCCUCCGUAUGUGAACAUUAAGCCAGCACCAAAAGAAUUAGCUGCUAUUCCGUUAGCGGUAAAUCUAAGUCCAUUUACCGCAGCGACGACUAGAGGCGGUCCUACUAAAACACCCACACCUACUGCCGUGGUUGUGACUACUGGAUGUUUUUUUGCUUGA